ACUGACAACAAAUUAGGCUAAAUGGAAAAUAUAACGUAAUAGAUUUAAUUGUUUACACUCAAAUAUGUCUACUAGGUUUAGUGCUGAGUGAAUUGAGGGUGGUCGUUUUCUACAUAGCUGCCGUCCAUAGGAAUACCUUGUAGACAACCCAUUCCUUUUGGCAGGCUACACUUCAGUGCUACACACGCUAUACACUCUCGCGGCUCUAGCAAACCAUUGGCAAGGACGAUAGUGCGCGUCCCCGUGACAGUCUCGCCACAGAAAACAAAGCUGCGCGGCGGCUUCCAUUACAGCCAGCAGAACUCUAGGAAGAUCUGCACAGAGACAUCUGAAAUAUCGUUCAUAAGAUGGAUCUACUGCUAAUUUAGGGACCGCAGAUAUAGAGGCCUGCUUGGAGGACAGUAAGACAGCAGGACACUCGCUGGACUGACAAAACAUUUUUCGGGAGUGCUUUGUCUUGGCCAGCUAGCAAGCCAUCAUUGUCGUUUCUGUUACCAGCCAUCCAGCUAUUCUGCUAGCUGAACAGCUACGGAAAACAGCGCCAUGUUGUUGUCAAAAAGGGCUUGUUAGGAAGACAAAUCUUGACUGAAAGGCGGAACAUUUCCCCACCAGGACUCUCCGUUUUCCUUCAGGGAUCCCGAAUCUGCGCUCCAGUGGCGGAGCCCUCGGACUGUUGUCAAUCGGCGACAUGGCGGAGCCAAGCUACUCCUGGGCGUACUCCCUCGUGGACUCCAGUCAGGUGUCCACCUUCCUCAUCUCCAUCCUCCUCAUCGUUUAUGGCAGCUUCAGAUCAUUAAAUAUGGACACUGAGAACCAGGAGAAGGACAAAGAUGGGAAUCCCACGACAACCUCCUUCAGCAACAGUAAUUCCAAUAACAGUAUUCAGACCAUAGACUCCACACAGGCACUGUUCCUGCCCAUCGGGGCGUCUGUCUCUCUGCUCGUCAUGUUCUUCUUCUUCGACUCUGUCCAGGUGGUCUUCACCAUCUGCACUGCAGUCUUAGCCACCAUUGCAUUUGCAUUCCUCCUUUUGCCAAUGUGCCAGUACCUAACCAAACCCUGCUCUCCAACAAACAAGAUUUCAUUUGGCUGCUGCGGCCGUUUUACUUUGGCUGAGCUGCUCUCCUUCUCCCUCUCAGUCAUGCUGGUGCUCAUUUGGGUGCUGACGGGACACUGGCUUCUUAUGGAUGCCUUGGCCAUGGGUCUGUGUGUGGCCAUGAUUGCCUUUGUGCGGCUGCCCAGUCUCAAGGUGUCGUGCCUGCUCCUGUCUGGCCUGCUCAUCUACGAUGUGUUCUGGGUCUUCUUCUCGGCGUAUAUCUUCAACAGCAACGUGAUGGUGAAGGUGGCCACCCAGCCGGCCGACAACCCGCUGGACGUGCUCUCGCGCAAGCUGCACCUGGGCCCUGGCGUGGGCCGCGACGUGCCGCGCCUCUCGCUGCCCGGCAAGCUGGUCUUCCCCAGCUCCACAGGCAGCCACUUCUCCAUGCUUGGCAUCGGCGACAUCGUCAUGCCAGGCCUGCUGCUCUGCUUUGUGUUGCGCUACGACAACUACAAGAAGCAGGCUAGCAGCGAGGCCGGGGGCACGGGGCCCGCAGGGCCGUCGCCCGGCCGCAUGCAGCGUGUCUCCUACUUCCACUGCACACUCAUCGGAUACUUUAUCGGGUUGCUGACAGCCACCGUGGCGUCCCGUAUCCACCGUGCGGCCCAACCGGCCCUCCUCUACCUGGUGCCCUUCACACUGCUGCCUCUGCUGACCAUGGCCUACCUGAAGGGCGACCUGAGGCGCAUGUGGUCGGAGCCGUUUCACACCAAGGGCACCAGUACCCGCUUCCUGGAGGUAUGAUGCGUCACGGGUGAGACAGCGCGAAGGGAGGCAGCCGAGCCACCACCACCCCCCUAAACCGGACAUCCCCAAUGCCCCGUCCCCACCGACCCACCCUUCACACACUCCGAGAGAGAGAGAGAGAGAGAGAGAAAGAAGAGAUAGAGGGAGCAGUUCUCCGCCCUCCCCCCUCCCCAAAUAUCUCAAACGCAUGGGGUUGUAGGGGAGGGAAGACGAGGACGUCUCCUCCAUCACUUUCUUCCUGCCAUUCUGCUGUGGUUUCUUCUCCUCCGACGCACCAGGACCAGGAGAAUGGAAGGAACGACAAACCAAACGCAGGAGGUGGAGGGGGGGAAAAACGAUAAGGAAAAACGCAGCAGCUCUCGUCGGAUCUCCACUGCCAAGCAAACUCUGUUUUUUUACUCCUCUCCCCCCUUUUUACGUUUCUCUCUCUGUCUUUCAGCACCCUCUUUCUUGGCACGUUUCUUUCUCUCUCUCGCUCUCUCUCUCUUUCUCUUUGGCCUCCACCUCCCAUUCUGUUAAGUGGCACUCUACCUCUUGCCAUCUCUCUCUUUAAUUUUCAGUUUGUUUUGCAUCAGUUUACCUCUUUCUUUCCCUCUCUUUCUUUCUUUCUUUCUUUCUUUCUUUCUUUCUCUCUCUCUUUCUCCCCCAACCCCUACCCAUCCCCCACUAGUUGGUUCUGCUGAAGUGAAAGAGGCUUGUCCUCCCUUCUGGACUGGAUGGUUUGUGCGACCGAAGACUGAAUCGCCUCCAGCUCAAAUGAUGAUGUUAUAAUAAUUUCUUUUUUUCUUAUUCAUUUUGGAUAAUUUUUUUCUUGUUGUUGGCAUUUGUUGUUGUUGUUUUUUUUUGUGUGUGUGUGUGUGUUUUUUGUUUUUUGAGUCGUUUCAAAUCCGCAUCAUUUAAAGACUGAACGGACAUUUAAAAAAAAAUGAUGGUGACGUGAUAUUUUUUUUUUUUUAAAUCACUGCACAGCAGAAAAUGCAAACAGGACCGCCGCUGUCUGCAAGGACGAUCAUGAUGACCCCGCCCAUCACUGGGACCAGCACAAGCAUUAAGGCCAACACACACGUUUACCAUUUCCUUUCUCUCUCUCUCUCUCUCUCUAAUUACUUUUCUCUCUCUUCUCUCGUCGUUACAGAUACAUGUAUUUUAUUUAGAAAGAAAAAGAGAAAGAUUUUAUUCUUGCCAUAUAAAGAAAAUGAUGCAUUAUUGAAAACAAAACAAAAAACAAAAAAAGAAAUAGUGUGUCCUCACACUUUUUUUGUAAAUAGAUGUACACACGUAUUAAGGUUAUCAUGUUUUGGGGUGGGGGGAGCUGUGUGUGUGUGUGGUUUGUGUGUGUGGUUUGUGUGAAUGGUGUUUGAAAUUUGUAGAGGAACUAAUUUCAUUGUUGCUUUUAGCUACGGGCAUGGAGGCUGAGAUUUAUGGCGGUAUCGUGGGAUGAACAUUUUGGGGUUUUGGACACAUGUAUGGUGUGUGUAUGAUGUGUGUGCGAGAGUGAUGUAUAUGCGAGUGGUGUGUGUGUGUGUGUGUGUGUGCGAGAGUGAUGUAUAUGUGAGUGGUGUGGUGUGUGUGUGAGAGAGAGAGAGAGAGAGAGAGAUGUGUGUGCGAGUGGUGUGUGUGUGGUGCUAGGCUCUGAUGUAUAAAUCUGACAACCUACAGAAUCGGCCCCACGCUCCUCUUCCCAUAUUUAGUGCAGAACAAGAUGUCCAGCGUUUUUUGGAUUUUGUUUUGUGUUCGAUUUUCGUUUAGGCUAACUGCUCUCGUCCAACCAUGCUUUUGCCCAACCUCUGUGUGUUAGAGUGAGAAAGAGAGAGGGGAGAGAGAUUGGUUUGUUUUGGUUUUUGUGAAUGUGUUGAUCUUUUGUGUGUGACUAUCCAUAAGAGAAGUAGUUCUGUUGUUUUGCCCUCGAGGGCUGGGGAGGGUAACAUUUAAGGAUUGUAAAAUUGAAAUAAAUCAGUGCGCCCUGUUUCCUCCUGGACACGGUCAGAUUGGCACUUUUUGGUUUCGUUUUCUCGUGUGUUAAGAUGUGGUAGGAACGGUGACACCCCAAAACACAAGUCCUUUUGAAUUCUUUUGAGAAGAAACUGGAAUUGGAAGGUGUGUGUGUGUGUGUGUGUGUGUGUGUGUGUGUGUGUGUGUGUGUGUGUGUGUGUGUGUGUGUGUGUGUGUGUGUGUGUGUGUGUGUCAGAGAGAGUGUGUGAGAGCAUGCGAGCGAGAGACAGAACACAGUUUGCUGGCUUUGGGAUGUCUAGGUUUCCGGCUUUUUUUUUUUUUCUCCCCAUUUCUUUUCUUGUUUCCAGCUUUUAUGAGCCUCUCUGUCAGGUCUCAGGCCUUGCAUGUCAUGUACAGCGUGUCAGUCAUUCCUCUGAACUGCAUUUCAAAGGGCCAUGGCGACAGCACCCACCCCACCCCACCCAACCCUACACGCAUACAUACACAUGCACACACACAAACCCAGAACCCUUCAACAUGGACGUUGGCACAAAGAAUAAAAAAAGAUAAUUCUAGAUGAAAAGAGGAACCCCAUCAGGACAGUGGUGACUUGGGAACCUCUGGCUGUUUCUAUUCAACUUGUUUGUUUGAUUUUUGUUGGGUUGGACCCUCCUACCCCCAGCAGAAUGUUGCAGUAAAGUUGUCCCCCACUCCCACUCCAGAUGUGGUGUUGACAUUGACUGGCUCGAGGUGACAUGACCAACCCCAGCUUCCUGUCACACCCCCCUCCUCUAGCAACAUGGCUGUUCAGCCCGUAACCAUGGACACGGACCCACACAUCCCACAUCCGCAUCCCCCAGCCCCCCAUGGAUGUUACCAAGCAAACAUACAUACACAAACACACGGCAAAGAUGGAACUUAAAAAACAAGUACACAAUGAGGAUGAGAUGGUGGCGAUUUAAAAAAACCGAACUUCUUUUUUUAACGAAAGAUUGCUCUUGGUUUAUCCCGUUUGUAAUAUGAUUUUUUUUUUGCCACUUAGUACUGUAGAGUUUUAUUUUAUACUCAUCUCCCACCUACCCUUCCCUACUCUUUCCUGCUGCCCCCUCUUCCCUCCACCAGGGGGCAAUGGCUCUGUUGGUGUUUCUCAACAUUACAGCCAAAAUGGAUUCUGUACAAAAUUUAAAAAAAACUAUAAAAAUAAAAAAAUGAAGUGAAAUAACUAAAUAAAGAACUGUGUAGUGAAACAUAUGGAACCUGACGAGCUGUACCUGGAAACAUUUCAUCACCCCCCUCUAACCCCAACCUACCCUUAACCUUGACCCCUUGCUUACCCCCCUCCCCUGAGCCCUCAAUCAGUCAGGAUUGUGCUGUAAAUAAACACGACUCUAACUGUA